UCAUCAGUAUUAAAACCGAUGACGAAACAGAGGAUCUGGGUCAACGGAGUUUGACCGUAGAAACUAUUACUGUCCAGGGUUAAGAAUGUAAUUAAGCGUACCAAACAGGUGUUUCACUGUUUAUUUAAUAUUUUUAUUUGAUUCGGUUCUGUCGUCGUUGUUGUUUUUAUUUGAUCUCUUCCUUUUAAGGCUUUGUUUGUGUUUCCCCAUUCUUUUAUAUAAGGUUUCAGUUUUUAUGUCUCUCGAGCCGCUAAGGGAAAGAAAAGAAGAUCGAGAAAGUAAAAGACUGAUGAUGAAUGCACAGAUUUUAAGAUCAUCUGGGUAGAUUGAUUUCCGAUGUAGUGAUAGAGAACGAGAGAGAAAUGAGAACAAGGAGAGGGAUUUCUUACCCCAGAGCCCAUGUUUGUUUAGAUGACAUAGUUUUUGAAAGGAGGGAUUUCGCCGGUGAUAAUAUGGCUUGCCGGAAACGGCGAAGACUCUCGCCGGGUAUUGCCGGAAAGAGAGAUUUCUUUGAUGUUUUGCCCGAUGAUCUUGUCAUUUCUAUUCUCUCCAAACUAAGCUCUACCGCGGCUUGUCCUUCCGAUUUCGCCAACGUUUUGAUUGUAUGCAAGAGAUUGAAUAGUUUAGCAGUUCGUCCUCUGGUAUUAUCCAAAGCCUCUCCAAAAAUGUUUGCAAUUAAAGCCAAAAGCUGGUCGGAGUCAGCUCACAGGUUCUUGAAGAACUGCGCUGAUGCCGGAAAUGUUGAAGCUUGUUACACGCUCGGCAUGAUUCUUUUCUACUGCUUAGAAAAUCGAGAGAGUGGAGCCUCUCUUAUGGCUAAGGCGGCGAUUAGCUCCCACGCGCCAGCGCUUUACUCCUUAGCUGUGAUUCAAUUCAAUGGCAGCGGCGGUUCCAAAAACGACAAGGAUCUUAGAGCCGGUGUGGCCUUGUGCGCUCGUGCUGCUUUUCUUGGCCACAUCGACGCCCUCCGUGAGCUCGGUCACUGCCUACAGGACGGGUACGGUGUUCGGCAAAACGUCGCCAAGGGCCGUCGGUUUCUUGUCCAAGCCAACGCCCGAGAGCUAGCGACAGUUUUAUCAUCAGCGGCUGCUUCUAACAACUUUACGCGGUCUUGGCUCACUUGGAGCCCACACCCUAUCCCGCAUCCUAACCCUCGCCAUAACCACCGUCAUCAGGCCGUGCCGGGAUGCCCGUUGCUGAGCGAUUUUGGAUGCAAUGUGCCGGCUCCCGAGGCGCAUCCGUCUAGCAAGUUCUUAGCAGAGUGGUUCGGGGCUCGGGGCGGGAUACCAGGCCCGGGCUUGAGGCUAUGCUCCCACGUCGGUUGUGGGAGGCCGGAGACAAGAAAGCACGAGUUUCGGAGGUGUUCCGUUUGUGGGGCUGUGAAUUACUGCUCACGCGCUUGCCAAGCGCUUGAUUGGAAGCUGCGCCACAAAGCCGAGUGCGCGCCGGUAGAGCGAUGGCUUGAUGAAGAAGGCGAUGGUGGCGAGGGUAACGGUGCGGGACAUGGGAACGAUGACGUCAUCGCCGAAAGUUAAAAACGAUUAACUGCUUAUGGUAAUUAAUUUAUUACUAUUAGGUUUAAGCCACGAGAAGGAAAAAAAAAAAGGUGGAAAUGGAGAACAGGAGGCCAGUUUUGGUUGGGUAUUUGGAGGUUAAAAAUCAACUUUUACGAUGACGAUAGUCGCUGAAACGACACAGUUUUAGUUCUAUGUGGAUUGUAUAGAGGAGGGGUUAAUCGGAAAAAUGGUCCCCCGGGGGGGUGGGCUUUGGUUCUUUUCUUUUUUGUUUUAAUCCCACUUGUACACUAUAGAGCCAUGUUCAGCUUAAUUUCGGUAAUUUCUAGUCUUAUAUUCCUUUC